UUCCGGUAUGACGUCAGGUUAGUUUGUUGACAUCUUGGCAGAGAGACUUUCUUAUAGGCCAAAUUCCACGACAUACGACAGCUUAACAUGUUUUUCUCUCAUAUUCGUUUUGGUGACACUUCUAGCCAGUGACCUUACUUUGUAGCUAAAUGGGGGAAGUGAAAAUUCUUCUUCUUCUUCUUUGCUGUCACGUCGCAUCUCCUGGAGUGACGCACUACUUGUGGCACGUGUACACGGUGACCACCGGCAUCGCCAACCUUCCUGGCACGGUGGCGGUGGUGGUCGUUGACGGGAUUCCCACGGUUCACUACGACAGCCUCACCAACACCGCCGUGCCCGAAGAAGCCUGGAUGAACAGCAUUACCCAAUUCGAACCUGAUUACUGGAAGAAGCAAACGUCCUUCUGGGAAGGUCAAGACCACUAUGGGAGAAUCAACAUCGACAUUCUUAGGAAGCGCUUCAACCACACUCAAGGCGUGCACGUGUUCCAGGUGUUGCACGGCUGCGAGUAUGACGACCAGACGGGCGUGCCAAGCGGUUUCAAUUAUCACAGUUACGAUGGAGAUGACACGUUGUUCCUGGACGUGAAGGAGCGGCGUUGGAUCUCCUUGAAGCCUCAGAUGGACGACACCCAGAGGAAGUGGAACGACAACACGGGUUGGAUGGAGUUCAUGGAGCACCGCCUGCUGAAAGAAUGUCCUCAGCUCCUCAAUAACACACUGGAAUGCGGAAAAAGCGUCCUGCAGAGAAUUGAGCGACCCAUGGUGUCUCUGCUGCAGACCAGUCCAUCGGCAGUGGUCACAUGCCACGCCACAGGCUUCUACCCCGACAUAGCUGACAUGUUCUGGAGCAGAGACGGGAAGCAGAUUUAUGAGCACGUGGAGCACGGCGAGCUCCUCCCCAACCACGACCACACCUUCCAGCUCAGCGUGACGUUGGACGUGAAUGCGCUGCCGCCCCACGACUGGCAAAGAUACGCCUGCGUCUUCCGGCUGUCUGGGCUCCAGGAGGACAUUGUCGUCCCGUUGGACGCGUCCAAAAUCAUGACCAACUACGUGAAGCCUCACAACAUCGCCAUCCCCGUCGGCACGCUCGUCGCCGGCAUUGUCGCGGCAGUAGCGGUGGCCAUCGGCAUCUACGUUUGUAAGAAGAGACGAGAUCACAAGGCCGAACGAGGAAGUGACGAGGACGUCGGAUGGAGACGCUGCAAGGAUGCCGACCCUGAGGACACGCCUUAGCGGACAAACAACCAGGAAGAAGACAAAUGUUCUUGCAGCUGGCGCGGCUAGUAUCAUUGUGGCGAUAGUAUGUGUGUAAACCUCACUCCCAGACGCCUUAAGAGCUGCGCUGCACAACAAGUUGACAGCUCACGUUUUUAGCUCAAUGCCUUAACUCUUGACUGGAUUUAAUUCUCUUGUAGCGGGCAAGUGCUAGAGCCCUGGCAGAGUGCAGAAUAAACUGUGUAACGUCAACAAAUUGAAUUGAUUGAACGACCCUAGUGAGGAUAAGCAGCAUAGAAGAUGGAUGGAUGGAUGGAUGAAUUGAAUUGGACCAAUGAAUUAAAAGUUUAAAAAAAUACUUUAUAAGACAGUAUAUCAUUGAUAACUGAUAAAUGACAUUGUAAGGA